AUGCAGGACAAGUUCACCGUGGUCGUCAUCGGCGACGAAGCCGUUGGGAAAUCAGCCCUCAUCAUACGGCUUUGCCUUGACCACUUCCCUGAAAGUCACGCGCCGACCGCGGACGACACGAUCCGCAAGCCGGCGGUCAUCGACAACAAAUCGUGUCUGGUCAAUAUCAUCGACACGGCCGGACGCGACGAAUACGCCUCGCAGCUUGAGGAGUGGAUGAGCCACGGCGAUGCCUUCCUCCUGGCCUACGACGUCACCUCGCGAGCCUCGUUUGACCAUGUCAUCAAGUACUACAACCAGGUCCGCCGGAUGAAGCUGGGGCGCGGGCUGGCCAAACUGAGCUCGGGGCAGAUGCUGUUCCGAUCGCCGCACGGCGUAUCUAUGGUGUUAGUCGGUAACAAGAUCGAUAUGGCGGAGUCGAGGGAGGUAUCGACUGAGGAAGGCAGACGGCGGGCAGCGUCAUUGGGGUGUGGCUACGCGGAAACCUCCGCCAAGGAGAAUGUCAAUGUGGAGGAGCCGUUUGUCAUGGCCGUCCGGUGGCUCCGACAGAGGCGACGACCCGACUCCGGGGAUGACGAACACGCGAAGAAGUCGGGGUGUUCAGGGCUGGUGGGCAAGCCUUCACGACGAUCCAAGUGUACGAUCUUAUAG